AGUAGUGAAUUCCUCUUUCAAGUUGUUGGACUUUUCUACUCACUUUAAUACAUUCACAAUUUUGAGGAAACAGAGAAAAUUCGGACUUUAUGGAUAAAUUUGUAUUUUCGUGGAUGUGUAUAUUGUUGAUUUCAGGCGGAUGUGAUGGAUUUUUACUGUGUUCUCUGACAUCAUACAUCCCAGUGUUUUGUUCACUACAAUGUAGCAAUGGAUAUGCCAAAGACAGUAAUGGAUGUACUAUAUGUAAAUGUGCAACGCCCACCCAAGAUUCUGCUGCAAUAGCUCAAUCCCAAAAUUCCCAUGCUAAUCCCCAAAGUAUUUCCGGUUCUCACGCCAAUCCUCAAAGUAUUUCCGGUUACACACAUCCGUGUUUACCUCACCAACAGUUCUGUCCGCUGAAUUGCCCGGAAGGAUUCAUGACCGGAAAUGGAGGCUGCCAAUUCUGUAUCUGUUACCAAAGCAACAUUACUGAUUUAGCAACAACACAAACACCUGUCACUACGACCAUUAGUAAAAUUAAAGUUCACAUGAGUAACCCCUGUAUCCGAAAUCAGACCAUUUGUGACAAGUACUGCGCGGAAGGAUAUCUCCUGGGACCGGACGACUGCCAGUAUUGUCUGUGUAGGAAUCUUAUCCCAGGAAUCGUAUACACUAAAGCGCCCUCUACAACACCGUCCUCAGAAACGACAACUCUUGCUUACUACUUACCUAAUCCUUGUCAAUCAGGGCAACACGUGUGUACUGCCUAUUGUCAAUAUGGCUACAUCCUGGGCCCGGGGAACUGUCAAUACUGCAUGUGUGGCGCCAAAACCACUCCCGUCACAAAUGCUAUCCCAGGUGUAAAACCAGCAGGAAGUGAUUUAGCUCCAUCUACAACCUCAUUUCCUUCCGGUCACAUGGACAACGAAUGUGCCAUUGCGUUUACAAUAUGCCAAAUAAAAUGUAAACAUGGAUUUUUGGCAGAUACUGUGGACUGCAGACGUUGUGUGUGCAAGGAUGCCAUAUACAAAGCCGCCGGUAUCAACGAGGCGGAUGAGCCGGACAUAAAGCUACUAAACCCAUGUGUUCAAGGACUGGACGUAUGUAACGUAUUCUGCUACCAUGGUUACUUACGCGGACCACGUGACUGUCAGUACUGCGCAUGUCAGUUUGUGUGA